GUUAUGGACUUUAACCUGCUGACGGACAGUGAAGCCCGGAGCCCGGCGCUGUCGCUCUCCGACUCCGGGACCCCGCAGCAUGACCAGGGAUGUAAAGGUCAGGACAACAGCGACACAGAGAAAUCCCACCACAACCAGCUGGAUGAGUCCAGCACUGAGGACAGUUCUCUGAAGAAGAAGCAGAGACGGCAGAGGACUCACUUCACCAGCCAGCAGCUCCAGGAGCUGGAGGCCACCUUCCAGAGGAACCGCUACCCCGACAUGAGCACCAGAGAGGAGAUCGCAGUGUGGACCAACCUCACCGAAGCACGGGUCAGGGUAUGGUUCAAGAACCGACGUGCCAAGUGGAGGAAGCGAGAGAGGAACCAGCAGGCAGAGUUAUGUAAAAAUGGCUUUGGUGCCCAGUUCAAUGGACUCGUGCAGCCUUACGAUGACAUGUACACAGGCUACUCCUACAAUAACUGGGCCACAAAGAGCCUAGCAAACAGCCCGCUCUCUGCCAAGAGCUUUCCCUUCUUUAACUCAAUGAAUGUAAGCCCCCUGUCAUCCCAGCCCAUGUUCUCCCCCCCCAGCUCCAUCCCCUCCAUGAACAUGGCCUCUAGUAUGGUGCCCUCAGCGGUGGCUGGAGUUCCUGCCACUGGGCUCAACAACCUGGGCAACCUCAACAACCUCAAUGGCCCCACGGCACUCAACUCGGUAGCAGUGACCGCGGCCACUUGCCCCUAUGCCACCACAGCCAGUCCCUACAUGUACAGAGACACCUGCAACUCCAGCCUGGCCAGCCUGAGGCUCAAGGCCAAGCAGCACACCAACUUCGCGUAUCCGGCAGUGCAGAACCCUGUGUCCAACCUGAGCCCCUGCCAGUAUGCUGUGGACCGGCCUGUAUGA